CUAUCCGUUGGAUUGGCAGUAGUUUAACCCCAAUCCUUGUUUGUGCACAGCAAACAAAGAAAAACUCGAAUCAGCCAAGAGAAGGACAUGAGUAACUCAGUCUUUCGUUCUUCCUUUUCCUUUUAUAAUUCCUCCGGUUUUCGGAAUCCAACCAGUAUUAGUACUACUAAUUGGUGUAUCAACAUUCGAUCUCUAUCUAGUAAUCCAAUUAGGUUUCUUGGAUUCAAUUUACUUUGUAUCUCUAACAAAUCCCCUCCACUUAGACCUAAAUCAGCCAUGACAAGCGAACAAACUACUUCUGCUAAACCCAACUUCAAUAACUCCAUGAAUUUAUUGUUCGUCGAGAUGGGUGUUGGUUAUGAUCAGCAUGGACAAGACAUUACUUCUGCGGCAAUGCGGGCUUGUAAAGAUGCGAUUUCGUCUAAUUCGAUUCCAGCUUUCCGAAGAGGGUCCAUACCUGGUGUUAAUUUUGAUCAAAUGAAGCUUGAAAUCAAACUUGGAGUUCCUCGAGCUGUACAACAAUCUCUGGAUAUCGAACGCGUCAAAUCAGUUUUUCCAUAUGGCAAAAUUCUUAGCGUCGAUGUUGUGGAUGGCGGACUAAUAUGCUCAAGUGGUGUGCUUGUCGAAGAAAUGGGAGAUAAGAAUGAGGACUGCUAUAUAGUUAAUGCUGCCGUAUAUGUGGGAUACUAGUCUUCCUUUUCCUCUUUUAUCAGUAUAUUAUAGGUAAGCUUUUCAAUCACCUAUCCUAGAAAGUAUGUGUGAACAUUUAUGUUUUGGGUUAAUUUAAGUGUUAAAGUAUUUGUCAGAAGUUGCACUUGCUUGUCUCUUAUAUUGGGCAUUAUGUACUUGAUUUCAUAUGUUGCCCUACUCAUCUUUCAGCCACAAUGCUCUACAUACCGUUUGUUUUUA